GCUGCCAGUGGAUAUAUGCCCUCAUCCUCGCCUUGUCCUCGACCUCAACUGUCGUAUUGGGAUCCGCCAUUCCAGUGGCCCGAGAGCUGGACGUGCCGAGUUCGAACCAACCACCCACCGCUGUCGGAGGUGCGGGGUCGCCUGUCCACCACGUCGUUGAUCAGACAGAAGUCCAACACCGAGCCAUGCGCCGACGGCGGCGUGCUCAUCCAUGAUCAAUCACUGGCAAGCUGUAUAUCACAAUCCAGUACCUGCAUAUCACCUAAACCUCACCUCAUUCUUGUCACUUGA